AUGCACCCAGAACAGGUCCGGGAGCUCCUGGCUCAGGAAAUCGCGGAGGGAUGGAUCGUAGAAAGGCCUUCGGUUCAAUACCUGCAUGAUCACUUUCCGGCGGUUGCCAUUGGCAAACUGGGACUGGUACUGGCUGAGGGUAGGUCCCCUCGACUCACAGUCGACAGCUCGAUUAGUGGUGUUACGGCUGCCUGUCAGAUUCCAAACCACAUGCUGCUACCACGUAUUUCGGAUGUUGAGGAUUGCGCCCCUUCCUGCCUGGGACGCCAUCCGUGGAUCACCGUAUCUCUGGAUGUGCGAAAGGCACACCGCAUGGUCAUGGUGGAGCACUGUGACCAGGCUCUGCUGGCGUUCACUUUCGAAGGACGAGUCUUCACGUCCAGCACUCUUAAUUUCGGAGCCAGAGCAUCAGCUUUUUGGUGGGCCAGAGUUGGGGGGGCCUUACUUCGCUUGUCACACGCGGCGAUUUGGCUUUCGCAUCUUCUUUGGGGCUACGUCGACGACUUCUUGGGAGGUUUCCGUGGCGAUGUGGCUCCAAUCUCUGCCUCCAUUUGGAUUCUCUUGCUCCUUGCCCUGGGAGUGCCGCUUUCUUGGUCGAAAUGUGUCUGGUCGCCGGAGUGCAUUUGGAUCGGAUGGUCAAUCAAACUUGAAAGCUGGAUCUGUGAGCUGCCGCCUGCGAAAAUUUCCAAGAUUCUUGACCAAAUUACGGAUUUGCUCGCCGCGGGUGACAAGGUCAAGUUCAAAACCUUGGAAUCACUCAUUGGACGCCUAUUGUGGGUCACAGGUUUGUGGACCGUGCUCAGGCCUUUGCUGUCUCCGUUGUAUGCGGCCCUGCAGCGCUUGCCCGUUUCCUCGGUUGGCGUCACCCCUAACCUAUGGGCUGCGAUCAAGCGCAACAUUGCGGAGGAUUGCGUGCUGACUCGUUCUGUUGGGCACCCGUCCUUCCACAAAGGCGCUUGCGUUACCCGCGCUGCGAAUACUUUCGUCUCAUCCAAGCAGGAUCUUGAUACGGUUCAGUUCAGGAAGCGCCGAUUGUGGGUGGAAGUGAAGGAUCCCGGACACCCGCUGCGAGUCCUCGGGGAUGCUGGCAGGUCAAGCUUAAUUGCAUGGCGUGCCAUUUUCCAGGGCACCCCUUUCAUGAAGGCGCUUCGCAGUCCGAUCCCGCUGAAGGUCAUUGCUGAGGCUGAUGCCUUUGCCGAGGCGGAGGUGUCUGGUUUAGGAGGCUACGCUAUGUGGCCCAGCGGUCGCACAGUCUGGUUCUCUAUCAGAAAAGACAGUCAGGAGUGGGCUGCUCUCACUUCGUUGUUUCCUCCGCCCCUCCAGGCGCAUAUUUCGGCGAUGGAACUGUUGGCUCAAUUACUGUUGCUUUGGUGCAUUGUUGCCACUUUGCCAUCCCAUCGCGGGCUCUGUCGGGCCUGCCUUCGGUCGGAGGCUUGUGCGUCCAAAAGGCUGUCCUCGGUGCUGUCCAUGAGCGAGAUUGUGAAAAAGUUCCUUGCAUUUCAGGCGUGGGCUGGAGUCCAGGCGGAGGUCGAGCAUGUGCCGAGGUAUCGCAAUGAACUUGCAGAUGCAUUGAGCAGGCUUACGACUGCCGAUGUUGCACCUCUGCCGCUGGGUGAUCGUGUGCACCCACCACUGCAAUGGCUUCUCGAGCAGCGGCUCGCGCUGGAGUCGUCUCCUUAUUCGGGGCCGGUUCUACGGGAGGCUGAUCUUGGAGCGGUGGGGGCCUGUCCCCCGCCUUGCCUCCAAUGCGAUCUCCUUCGUGCGGAGGUGCUGAUGCUACGUGCUGAAGUUGCGAGCUUGCGCAAUUCCAGCUUGGCGGCCCUCUGGGAUGCGAUCUAUGCACUGCAGGGCCAGCUCAACGAACUUCGCCCACGUGGGGAGGAUGAUCAUUUUUCCUUUGUGUUCACGGCGGUCGAGGAGAACACAGCGGCUCGCUUGCUGCGCUCGCCCCUGGCGAAUGUUAGAUGCCUCCGCUAUCAUGAGCAGAGGCUUGAUGCACUUGUGAACCUCAAUGCUGACAUGAGCGCCGACUUCGGCCCCGCUUCAUUUGGCCUUGUCACCCAGCUUUUGUCACUGGCGGCGAAUGCCAUAGCGCUUUGCCAAGGCGCACGCCUGGGCUCUCUGAAGCUUUACAACAAACGCUUCAUGAGGAUCUGCUUCACCAAAUACGAGGCCGCCGCCAGCCUACGAGGACCCACUACGAUGGAAGCUCAGGCCGCCGAUCGCCGCUGUUGGGAAAUCAUCGCCGACUUAGUCAAUGUGCACCAUUGGAAGCUGGAUGAUGCGCUUCACGAGGUGGCUGAGGUGCGAUCGGAUUUGCACAGCUUACUCGCGCCGAGGCCCUUCAUCCCCAAGCCCAAGUUCGACCCGGACAACAGCUGGAAAUCCCGCUUCACGGGCAACGGCAGCAAGGGCAAGGACAACAAGCAAGCCACUCCCCCCGGCAAGUGGCUUUCCACGAUCUUCAUGGACGGUAAGCGUCAGACACUUUGCAUGAGGUACCAGAGCGGGCAGUGCAAGGACCCGGCUACCUGCCGCUACUUGCACAGAUGUGCAGUGCCCAAGAGUGACGGCACAGCUUGCGGGGGCAACCGCCCGGCUUCUCAGCAUGUGGCCACCCCGCUUUGGGAAACCCACUUCAGCGAACAGCGGGACGUCGCUGAGGAGGUCACGGCUGUCCCGCUUAGUGUGCCGGCGCAACCUUCAGGCUCUGCAGGGGCCACCUCGACACUGCCCAAGGCAAGUGCCCCGGUGUCCUGUGCAGCUUCAGCACUCAGUGAAGGGUUUCUGGACUUCGCUACCUGCUUGGAGCUUCUAGCGCAGUACUUUUCCACUCCCUUCACCUCCUCUUCUCAGUGCUCCGACACCGCCGUUGCAGCUUCUGAGGCAUAUUUCAAUUUGGGAGCUUUCGCUUUUGACAAUGGUACAAGGUCGGGCAUAUUCCAGCGCACAGAACAAUUUUCCGAUGUUCUCCGAUUCUUGAACGCUUUUAUGCAGCUUCAGUUUCCGGAAGCCUCCUGGAGUUCCCUCUGUGUCAGCCAUAAUGUUCGCACCCGCUUGCAUACAGACGCUGGCAAUGCUGCAGGGACCCUCAACCAUACAGUUUCACUCGGCAACUUCAGCGGAGGUGAGGUCUGGCUUUGCCCCGCUUUGGACCCGGAGGCGCCGCAGGUCCCGACACCUAUGGACGCUUCGUCUGAGGCCCAGAGCGCAACAAGCGCCGGCCAAGGUGAGUUGCGGGACACCUGGCACGCGCCGCUUUCCUUCAGCUGUGAAUCGCUUCACUGUACGAUGCCCAUUCAAGGAGACAGGUGGGUCCUGACCGCUUAUACUUGUAAGAACUUGAACCACUUUGAUGCGAAGUCACUUGCACACUUGCGGUCAUUGGGCUUCCCACUCCCCUCUGCAACCCCCGCCAAUCCUCAGCCGGUAAUGCCCCCGCUCAAGGACACAACAUGCGUUGAGCUUUUCCUGGACAUAUGCUGUGGGGCGGCUCACCCACUUACCACGGCGAUGUCAUCUUGUGGCAUCACUUGUUUGCCCAUUGAUCUGCUUGGCGAGGAGCAACUGGACAUCCUGCACGACGACACGUACGACCACCUCCUUCGGCUGUGUUUUUCAGGAAUUGUCCGCUUGGCUCACGGAUCCCCGCCGUACAAGGAGACUCCCGCCUGA